UGGUUAAAAUAGACUGCCAUAUAAAUAUGUCUGAUUUGGUUUUCUUGAAGUUGGUAGAAAAAAUGUCGUGAUUCUUACCUGUCUGCGUUUUUUCCCUCGUGGUAACUAUGAUAUGCCCUUGAAAAUUUAUGAUACAGGAAAAGCUAAAAGAUGAGUACGUUUCUCUGGCCAUGAUGGGUGUUUUGUUGGGGACUCCCCUAGUACCCCGUUAUCGGUUAAAAAAAGCCCGAAUCUGCUUUUAUAACGCAGUCGAGUAGAAAGGAAUAUGAGAUACAGUAGUUCUGUUGUGUAGGCAGCUUACCAGUUGUGUGAAUUACAAAACUUUUGAUGCAAGUUAAACAUCCCCUGUUUAGUUAACAGUUAGUCUAGUUUGUUCCUUUCAGUAAAAUAUGGAAUCUUUGGGCCUGACCACUCAAACUGCUUACUUUGGGAAAACAAAAAUUUUUGAACCUAAGAAAACAUGCAGCAAUCCAGGAAAACAGGAGCCUAGUGGAAUGCCUAAAAGCAGAGGAUACAGAGCAGAGAUAUUAGCUUUCACAAUAGGUUCUGGAUUACUUUUAAUUGCAUUCUUAUUUCCCCCUGUUAAACAUGAAGGACAUGGAUCUCAACAAAUUGCAGUGCAAGUUGGCUUGCUCAUGUGGUUUGGGAUGACAUUUGUAAUGGCCGAGAUUAUUCGUCGUGUUUGCCUGUUUUCGGAAGAGGUUUUUCACUUGAAAACUCGCUACGACGGUUCUAUAUCCCGAGUUGUUCUUCACGUAUUUAAUUCGCGAAACUCUGCCAAUUUCUUCACCGUCGUCAUUUUGCUUUCUCUACUGUUUAUUAGCUCGUCAGAUCCCAUGGUGAUGACUGAAAUUAGCUCGCACUGGCCAACUUCGUUUGGACUGUGUGGCCUGUAUAUUAUUUUCAUUUCGGUAGUGAAACUUACGGAGAAUCUUGUUGACUGUGAAGUGCUGCUAGAUGACCGUGUGAUGGCUAUUGGACACGGACUGGCAUAUUCCUACUAUUAUGGGUUCUUAAAAAUAAUUCUUCCUGCAAGCGAAAACAGUCAAAGUCUCAGAGAUCGUGCAUCCCAUUUCGAGUUUGAAGAAAAAAUCCAGUUAGCAUCUAAGAAGAUGUUAAUACUGAUUCCAGACACAUGUUUUUGUACCCCGAGUUUCCAAGACAUGGCGCCAUGUGGACAAAUAGAGAGAGUUAAGAAUCUGGAAGACGUUAUUAUUUGCCGAGCGGGAAUGAGAGGGCGGCCCUACUCAGCGACUGUUUACUUAAUCCAGCCAGAAGGAUCCAAAGCCCCUGUAUAUGUCAUGAUGGAAAUGCCAUCAAUUCUUUUCGUCCUGUACGAAAUGAAUACUAUAGGACACAGUAAUUCAAAACUCACCGCGUUCGAACGUACUCAGCAGGCACAAGCUUUCUGUCGAGUUUUAGGACGACUACUCGAAGACGAUCCGAGCUGCAAGGACAUGUAUGACAUAAUAUACUUCAAAGAUCAAAACGCAAACCUAGCCCAGAUGAUUUACGACCAUGUUCAAAACACAAAGCAAUAGUUUCAAUUUGCUAAUCGACCCCAGUGAGCUUCGCAUGCUAAUUGUGAAAAUAGUGAAGUAUCUCUGCCCAGUACCAUCUUACUUGUUUUAUGAAGCUCCUAUUUGCCUUCAAAUAUAUUUUUAUUUCCUAAGCUAUUCAAAUGAUUUCCGAAAUAAUUAACUGGUUUUAAUCAUGGCGAAAAUUUUAGAUGCUCACAUCCUCUUUAAUCAACGAAAAAAUUACCACUUCUUCAGAGAGUGUAACCCCAGAACAAAAGUAUAAAAUUACACGCUGAGCAAACGUUUUACUCGUCGAAGUAGCGCUUGAACAAAA